UUGGUACGGUGAGGACUAGAGUUAGAUGAACACAUCUCUUCAUCCUAUGGUGAGGAAAUCGGAUGUGACUACAAGAAGUGACAAAUGAUCUUUAGGCAUGGAAUUGAAUUCUCGUUGCUAAGGGCAAGGGAGGCUUUAACAAAAUAGAGUUCUUUCCGGGAUAAUCGGAGCGUUGCUGUGCGACAUCGAGUUGCGGUGCGCAUGAGAGAGGAGCGUGUGAGAGCGAAAGGAGGAGAAAAUAUUAGGUCCUCCUCCUGACAGCAACUAGAUGCCGCCUCUCCCUGUGCUCGCCACCAGUGAAGUUGCCGCCGCCGCCUCCAGGCUGAGCCUUGGCCACAUGUCUGAGUCGCUCCACCGUCUGCCAUCGUCCUCAUCAUCUCCAGGAAAAUGGCCACGAUCAGCAUGCGGAACAAGAAAUCCAGAAACUGGAUGACGAGGUGAAGAGAAUGCUAUGCGCUGAUGCCGACAAGCCGUCCCUGAAACUGGACAUGAUUGAUCAAAUACAACGAUUAGGCAUUGCACACCGCUUCGCAAGUGACAUUGAUCACGUGUUGAAACAACUUAGUGAGACAUGUUUCGUUUGCAACAACGGAGACAGGGAUAUCGAUGACCUCUACACGGCUGCUCUCCUCUUCCGAUUGUUGCGACAACAAGGCUACCGAGUUUCUUCUGACAUCUUCAACAAGUUCAAGGACCCCAGUGGAAAGUUCAGUGAGAAACAUGAAAGUGACGUAAGGGGACUACUAAGUUUGUACGAAGCUAGCCAUUUGAGUGUGCAUGGAGAAGAUGUUCUGGAUCAAGCCCUUUCUUUCAGUUUAACCCAUCUCGAAUCCGUUAAGGAGCAACUAAGCCCUCCUCUUGCAACACAAGUCCGUCAUGCCUUAAAGCAAACAAUUCGUAAAGGGGUGCCGAGGCUCGAGGCCAGACAAUACAUCUCCAUGUACGAAGAAGAACCUUUACAUAAUGAAGUCCUGCUAUCACUAGCCAAGUUAGAUUUCAACCGCUUGCAGAAGCAACACCAGAAGGAGUUAUUUGAUAUUACAAGGUGGUGGAUGGGUUUAGACUUCAAGAGGAAGUUACCAUUUGCAAGAGACAGGCUCGUGGAGGGAUACUUUUGGAUUGUGGGAGUUCAUUUUGAGCCCGAAUUAGCGGUUGCUAGAAGAAUGAUGACCAAAGUGAUCGCAGUGACUUCAGUUCUUGAUGACAUAUAUGAUGUCUAUGGCACCUAUGAAGAGCUAGAGCUCUUUACUCAAGCAAUUCAAAGGUGGGACAUUGAUUGCAUACAUGAACUUCCAGAGUACAUGCAAGCGUUUUACAAAGCACUUAUCAAUAUCUACGUCGAAAUUGAAGAAAUACUGGCAUGCACAGGAAAAUCAUACUGCCUCUGCUAUGCGGUAGAAGCAAUGAAGAGGCAGGCGAGAUCCUAUUUUGCUGAAGCAAAAUGGCUGCACCAACAGCACAAGCCCACCAUGGAUGAGUACAUGUCCAUUGCGCUAGUAUCAAGUGGUUACCCAUUGUUAGCUGUCACGUCCUUUGUGGGAAUGCCUGAUAUCGUCACAAAAGACGAUCUAGAUUGGUUGUUCAACGACCCAAAGAUCCUCAAGGCUUCAACAAUCAUCUGCAGGCUCAUGGAUGAUUUGGCGACACAUAAGUUUGAACAAUCAAGAGGACAUGUGGACUCGGCCGUGCAAUGUUACAUGAAGCAAUAUGGUGUCACAGAACAAGAAGCGGAAAACAACCUUCGCAAGCAAGUGAAUGACUCGUGGAAGGACAUCAAUGAGGAGUGUCUUCGCCCGACUGCUGUCGCAAUGCCACUUCUCAUGGGAAUUCUCAACCUCUCGCGAGUGAUGGAUGUGUUGUACAAGGAUGGUGGAGAUCAUUAUACCAAUCCUCAUAUUGCACUGAAAGAUUACAUACAUUCGGUGCUCAUAGACCCAGUGCAAUAGUUAUGAUAUGCAAUUAGUGAACUAGAAGUUCAUCAGUUGGACAUUAGAAAAAUGGACCCAUUGUUCAAAAGAUGAUGCAGCCAUGCAGGUGUACUGUGUUAAUGAGUGGCAACAAGAUGUGGGAUACAUACGUCGGUUGGGGUAAAAUUAAAGCUUUUAGUAAGAAUGGUUUUUUUCAUUGAAGAAUGAAAUAAAGUGUACAAUUUAUCUGUCCAAAAAGGAUUAAUCAAGCUUUUGAUGAGCUAUUUUCAUUUCGAAUUUCAAAGGAUGCGAUUUAGAAUGGUAUGGUUAUAAAACCAAUUGAUUUGAUCGGUAUGGAGUAUGGAAAGAAGAGAAUGAGAUCUACUAUUAGCACGGAAUGAAAGCCCACCUACAGGAACUUGGCCAUGUAGAAUUCAUUUUUAGUGCAACAGGAGAAUCCCACAUUUGAGAUA